AUGUUGGGUCGGCGAACAGCUUUGCGCAUAGCUCUUAGCUCACGCCCAUUCUCACAGAGCAUUCGUUUCCCUCCGGCAAAAAGGUUCGAUGGCGAUUGUGCGGACGUGAAGAGCUUAGAUCUCAGCGAACCGACAGUCUUUCCCAAGCAGUUUACUGAUAUUCCAGCGAUCAAAAAGUGGUUCACCUCAGUCGAUUGCCCUACAGACCAUGGCGUGUAUUACAUCCCGAAAACCUCGUAUCUGGGUCGCCAUAGCUCCCUGAUGGUUCCCCUGGAGUACACGCGCUAUCGUCAUAAUGGAGACGAUGUAAGGACUGCGAAAUCGAUAUCGACAUUCGAAUGUAUCCAAGCUCCUUUGUCUUUGUUGCUGUCUCAUAUAUCGAGCGAAGACUACUCGCAGCAGCUGUAUCUCGCACAGUGCUCCCUCGACGACCUCCCCUCUGAAUUGAAACACGACCUGCCUGCCCCCGAAUUGAUUACCCACCUCGGUCGGGGUGACGUCUAUGCUUCUAGCAUAUGGAUGGGACGCCCGCCGACGAGCACGCCCCUACACCGAGAUCCGAACCCAAACCUAUUCGUACAAUUAGUUGGGAAGAAGGUCAUCCGCCUGAUGAAGCCAAAGCAGGGCAGGUUUCUGUACGAUCGAUUAAGGACAGAGAUGGGGCAUGCGCACUUGCGGGGUGAAGAGAUGAUGGUGGGCGAGGAGAGGGAUAGAUUACAAGACGCGAUCUGGAAUGAGAAGGAGAUCAAUGGCGUCUCUGCUAGCGGUGUGGAGGCUAGAUUAGAGGGCGGUGAUGGGCUGUAUAUUCCGCUGGGCUGGUGGCACGCUGUUGAAAGCAUUGGGACGCAUACGAACGCGUCUGUGAAUUGGUGGUUCAGGUAG